UUCAAUCACUUCAGGAUGUCGACGAUCUGUUGCUGGCACAAGGUAGCCAAUGGAAGCGUAACCGCCAAGACCGCGAGAGCUUUCUCACCAGUUCUCUUGCUGAUUUCAUCUACGCUGCAUUCUUCAAGAGAAAUAAGGUUCCGGCAGUUGGCGAGGAUAAAGUGGUCUCCUCGGCUGCCUCAUCCUGUCCUUCAAAGAACCUUUUGUUAUCCUCCAGCAGCCUCUUCCCGCCCUGAGGUGGAGACUGUGAUGGAUAGACCCCGACCGGUCCAGGAUCGCCGGAGUAUAAAUACAGCGAUCGCUCGGCACAUAACGUCACUCUCACUUGUUGCAGCUCAGAAACAGUUGUGCUGGAAGCCGCUUGCCAUGAAGAUCCAAUGCUCUGUGUUGCUCCUGGCGGCUUGCUUGGUGGCAGUCACCGCCCGCUCAGGUUAUGAGUUGCCUUAUGGAGUGGAAUUGCUUAGAACACAAAUUAUCAACACAUUCUCGUGUGCCGGGCGCCCCUAUGGUUACUACGCUGAUGUGGACAAUGAUUGUACCGUCUUCCAUGUCUGUUUUCCCGUCAGGGACGAACAGGGCAACCUUCUCGAGGAGGCGCAUUUCUCCUUCAUGUGCGGAAACCAGACCAUCUUCAGUCAGGACACUCUGACGUGCAGCUCGCCGGAGGAGGCCUAUCCAUGCGACCAGGCAGAGAGUCUUUACGAUCUUUCCAACGCUGACUUUGGUCGUAUCCCAGAAAACCCAGAAAAUUUCCUUGAUUCCACAGAGUAGUUUGAUCAACGCCAUGCUGCCACCUUAACCACUCCACUUUUACUAUUUCUUGUUACUUUUUUUUCAGCUCAGAGAAAUAUAUAUAUAUAUAUAUAUAUAUAUAUAUAUAUAUAUAUAUAUAUAUAUAUAUAUAUAUAUAUAUAUAUAUAUAUAUAUAUAUAUAUAUAUAUAUAUAUUUCUCUGGUUAAGCCUCAUGCUGUUUCCAAAUUUUUCGAUUUCCCUCUCUGGUCUUGUAACCACAAUUAGACGCUAUAGCAGCUCAGAUUAGACUAGUAAUAUUGGAUUGACCUGUUAAGUUAGGCUGUUAAGUUUGUCCUAUCAAGUUACCAAGUAAUGUAUCAUGUUGAGCUGCUGCCUCCCAUUUAAUAAAUGAUGAAUUUCAAA